CACCGCAGCCGUGCUCUAGGUCUACCUCAUCCACUACCAGCCCCUGCUCCAGAGACGUCCCUGCCGCCGCCCGAUGGGCGGUAGGGACCGUGGCAACCCCCCACCCCCAUAUUCGGACCUGGGGGACAUCCUUUGCUCCAGACCCCUGUCCCUUCUUGCUUCCCAGACGGCUGGAGUCAUUCCUUGGGGAAGCUGUUUCGGGCCGAUCAGCCGCCGCACGGGCAUCUCGGCUGGGCACCGGGCAUCUAUGAAGCCAGCCCUGCCGGACACUGGACAUCACGCAACGACUGUCUCCGGCCUCCACCCAGCUUGUCGCGAGUCCUGGGCGGUGGGCUUCUAAGCUCCUUUGGCCUCCCCAGGACGCGGGUGAGCUCCCCACGCUCCUAGCCCUUGGGGCCGCCGCGAUGCUGCCCUGGAGACGGAACAAAUUUGUGCUGGUGGAGGACGAGGCCAAGCGCAAGGCGAAGAGCCUGAGCCCCGGGCUCACCUACACGUCGCUGCUCUCCAGCUUCCUGCGCUCCUGCCCGGAUCUGCUACCGGACUGGCCCCUGGAGCGUCUGGGCCGCGUAUUCCGCAGCCGGCGCCAGAAAGUGGAGCUUAACAAGGAGGACCCCACCUACACCGUGUGGUACCUGGGCAACGCCGUCACCCUGCACGCCAAGGGCGACGGCUGCACCGACGACGCCGUGGGCAGGAUCUGGGCGCGCUGCGGGCCGGGAGGGGGCACGAAGAUGAAACUGACGCUGGGCCCGCACGGCAUCCGCAUGCAGCCGAGCGAGCGCAGUACCGGGGGUUCCGGGGGUCGCAGGCCGACGCACGCCUACCUGCUGCCGCGCAUCACCUACUGCGCGGCGGACGGGCGCCACCCGCGCGUCUUCGCCUGGGUCUACCGCCACCAGGCGCGCCACAAGGCCGUGGUGCUGCGCUGCCACGCCGUGCUGCUGGCGCGGGCUCACAAGGCGCGCUCCCUGGCUCGGCUGCUCCGCCAGACCGCGCUGGCGGCCUUCAGCGACUUCAAGCGGCUGCAGCGGCAGAGCGACGCGCGCCACGUGCGCCAGCAGCACCUCCGCGCGGGGGGCGCUGCCGCCUCGGUACCCCGCGCCCCACUGCGCCGCCUGCUCAACGCCAAGUGCGCCUACCGGCCUCCACCCAGCGAGCGCAGCCGCGGGGCUCCGCGGCUCAGCAGCAUCCAGGAGGAGGACGAGGAGGAGGAUGCGGAGGAGGAGGACUCCCGGGACAGCGAGGGAGGAGCCCUGCAGCGCGAGCGGCCCGAGGUGCUCAGCCUGGCCCGGGAGCUGAGGACGUGCAGCCUGCGGGGCGCCCCGGCGCCUCCGCCGCCCGCGCAGCCCCGCCGCUGGAAGGCAGGCUCCAGGGAGCGGGCGGCCCAGGCUCGCUGAGAGCGCAGGGCUAGGACUCGGGCCCUAGACCCGGCCCAGCAGACUGACCAGGACUCUAACCCGGCCCUGCCCGCUUCCGCCCCCCUGGUCCCUGGCCUGCCGCCCUUGCGGUCUCUGUAGUGGUCGCCUUGCUCCUCAUCCUAGCUCAGGGUGAAGCCGGAUAUGCCCUUGAUUAUUAGGGGUGGAGAGGAGUCCACAUCUCCCCACACUGGGAGUUUCCCUGGUCCUCCACUGUGGAAUUGCCCCCACGCUUUAUGCCAGGUCUCCCCACAGACCAACUUGCUCUCUUCCAAAACAGCCUCUCAGGAGAAGGGGAAAUGUUUGCGGGAACCCUGGAGGGUGGGUUUUGAACCCAGGACCCCGUCUAGGGU